AUUUCCCGGCGUUCUGCGCGGCGCAGCCAUGGUGGUCUUCAGUGUUUAUGUGGUGAAUAAAGCGGGCGGCCUGGUUUACCAGCACGACAACUACUCGCCCCGCACCGACGUGGAGAAAACCUUCAGCUACCCGCUGGAUCUGGUGCUGAAGGUGUACGACGAGCGGGUGGUGGUGUCCUUCGGUCAGAGGGACGGCAUUAAAGUCGGAUAUGCUGUGCUUUCAGUCAAUGGGAUGGAUGUAAAUGGAAGGUACAUGGCUGACAACAGGGAUGUGCUGGAGUAUCUGAACACCUCUUUUAAUUACCCUUUGGCAAUUCGGUUUGGACGGCCUCGUUUGACAUCCAAUGAGAAAUUAAUGUUGGCCUCCAUGUUUCACUCGUUGUUUGCAAUUGGUUCCCAGUUGUCACCGGAGCCUGGAAGUUCUGGGAUUGAAGUGCUAGAAACAGACACCUUCAAACUGCACUGUUUUCAAACCCUAACAGGAAUUAAGUUCAUUGUGUUGGCUGACCCUCGACAAGCAGGAAUUGAUUCCCUCCUUCGGAAGAUUUAUGAAAUUUAUUCAGACUAUGCUCUUAAAAACCCAUUCUACUCUCUCGAGAUGCCAAUCAGGUGUGAUCUCUUUGAACAGAAUUUGAAAGUGGCUUUGGAAGUAGCAGAAAAAGCUGGAACAUUUGGAGCAACAUCUUGACCCCCGUCUGUGAGGCUGUAGUCUCUUCACAGGAUUUGGUACAUUGGGCUGUUGUGUAUAUAUUUUGCAUUCAGAAGUACUGAAAAUAUUUUGGACUAAGAAGCUGAAUACUGUGAAGUGUAAUAUGAAAUGGGACGUGUACAUAGAAAAUAAAUGCAAUGUAAGCAA